ACUUUAUUUGGUCUCUUCUUGUGCAGACGGUUUGUUUGGACAGUGCCAGCCUCCUCAUCAGGAGCCCGUCCGGUACCAGGUGUCUGUGCAAGUCCUGCACAAACUUCAGGAAGUCCUCAAAGACCUGAUGGUGAAAGGUCUGACCUGGAGGGACGACAUCACCCAGGCGAUUAUCAGCCGAGAGCUGAGUCACGUUCCCACUGUCGGCUCCUCGUCCAAGCUUCCCGAGAAGUCGCCCAAACAGUUGUCCAGGCCGUCGGGCCCCAGUCAGCGGAGGGUUCAGGGGCCCGAGGAUGCAGCUGACCCCGAGAUGAUGCAGCAGUACGCGGACUACAUGAUCCUCGACCCCUCCCAGUCAUCCGUCCAUAUGCAGACUCCCCUGCUGGAUCCUUAUACCUACUACCAGCAGCAGUACGGCUACCAGGAGGAAGAGGAGCGCUCCCUCAACUCUCUGGAUGAUAAUCCAGCCUUCUCGCUGCCCGGGGCCUCCUCUCGCUCCAGAACCCGAGGAAACCCUUUUGACAGAGACCGGCAGCUCCUCCAGGACCUGGUGUCUGUGUACCUCACCUCUUCCUCUUCUUCUUCUCCCUCCUCUUCCUCCGCUGCACAGUCCCUCUCUCGCCAAAAAGGAGCUAUAGCGGCAGCAGCAGCAGCAGCUGCAGGAUUUCCCUCCUCGCUGUCCUCCUCAUCGUCCUCCUCUUCCUCCUCAUCCUCUUCCUUCUUCCCGGAGCUGGACUUUCCGCUGGACUACGGCGAGGACUACGUUUCCCAGAUGGACAAACUCAACAAGCAGCAACAGCAGGAGCAAGCGGAGAAGAAGGCGCAGGAAGAGUACGACGCCCUCUCAGGACUGGAUGAGCGCUCUCUGCAGAAGUUGGCUCUGCUGCUCGAUCACUACGGCCUCGACUUGAAGGAUUUGUCCCCUGAGCAGAAAGACAACCUGCCAGCCGCCCUGAAGCAGCUGCAGCUGGACAGCUCCUAUGCCCACAAAGUAACCAAAGAUAAAUAUGGAAACAGUCUUGCCACAGGAAAGAAGCUCACAGAGGGGUCGAUGGCGUACAAGAUGCCUCCACCCUCCACUACCAAGACCCCCAAACCAGACACAGCCCAGAAAGGUUUGACCGCAGCAGCAGCCGACCAGAACCAACCGAGGAAGGAUGAACCGGUGGCCAAGACAAAGGAGUACGGCUACAUCGUCACCAAUCAGAGCCCACUCAGUCUGAACGACGCGGUGCGCCUGUUGGAGCGUCUGUCAGAGAGGAUCAGCCUCUCCAUCGGCUCCUUCAUCAACAUCAGUGUUGUUGGACCUGCCAUCACCUUCAGGAUCAGACCGAACUCCAAGAACCUGACGGCUGGAGACGUGGCAGAGAAAGCUGUUGCAGAGAAGAACUUCCUGGAGUCUGAGACGGGCCUGAAGGUUCUGCAGAAUGGCGUUGGAGAGAGGAAUGAUGUGAAGGCGUUGCCCCUGGCAUCCCGGGUCCAGCCCGGCUCCCGCUGGGUGUUCGCCACGCUGGUGGCCAUGGCCUGCAUCGGCGGCAUCCUCGUGGCGGCCAUGACCAUCGCCUGCCUGCGCCACCACGCUCACCGGCUGGCGGCGAAGAAGCUGGGUCUGGGACCGGAGGGAGGCAGCUUCACCCACCAGGAGUACCAGGACCUGUGUCGCCAGCACAUGGCCUCCAAAGGCGCCUUCGGACGCCUAGAGGCCGCUGCCCUCGGCGCCGUUGGAGGAGCGAGUGGAGGAGGCGGUGGUGGGGGAGCAGGAGGCGGAGGCGUCGGGGGAGGAGGAGGAGCAGUAGGAGGUGGAAGUGCCGACUCAAGGGUGAGCAGCGUGUCGUCCCAGUUCAGUGAUGGAGCCCAGCCCAGUCCCGGUUCCCACAGCAGCACGCCGUCAUGGUGCGAGGAGCCCGCUCAGGCCAACAUGGACAUCUCCACUGGUCACAUGAUACUGGCCUACAUGGAGGACCACCUGAGGAACAAGGACCGUCUGAUGAAGGAGUGGGAGGCUCUGUGCUCGUACCAGGCCGAACCCAGCGCCGUCUCUGUGGCUCAGAGCGACGCCAACGCCAAGAAGAACCGCUGCCCAGACUCGGUGCCCUAUGACCACUCAAGGGUGAAGCUGAAGGCGGAGAUCAACCCUUCACGCUCUGACUACAUCAACGCCAGCACCAUAAUUGAGCACGACCCCCGGAUGCCGGCCUACAUCGCCACCCAGGGACCCCUGUCGCACACCAUCUCUGACUUCUGGCAGAUGGUGUGGGAGAACGGCUGCACUGUGAUCGUGAUGAUGACUGCCCUGGUGGAGGACGGAGAGAAACAGUGCGACCGCUACUGGCCCGAUGAGGGCUCGUCCCUCUACCACAUCUAUGAGGUGAACUUGGUGUCGGAGCACAUCUGGUGUAACGACUUUCUGGUUAGAAGCUUCUACCUGAAGAACGUGCAGACCCAGGAGACCAGGACGCUCACCCAGUUCCACUUCCUCAGCUGGCCAGCUCAGGGCAUCCCCACUUCCACGCGCCCCCUGCUGGAUUUCCGCAGGAAGGUGAACAAGUGCUACCGAGGACGAUCCUGCCCCAUCAUCGUGCACUGCAGUGACGGUACAGGCCGGACUGGGACUUACAUCCUGAUUGACAUGGUUCUCAAUCGCAUGGCUAAAGGUGUGAAAGAGAUCGACAUUGCUGCUACACUAGAGCAUGUCAGAGACCAGAGGCCUGGGAUGGUCCGCACCAAGGACCAGUUUGAGUUUGCCCUGACCGCCGUCGCCGAGGAGGUCAACGCCAUCCUCAAAGCUCUGCCCCAGUGAAACCAGUACGACCCAGACCAGCCUCCUGUCUGACGGACUGCCCCUUGCCCCGCCCCGACCCUUUCUUACCUCGCCUUUUCUCUCUGUGACGAUGAUUAUCAUGGUGAAGAAUGAUGUGCUUCUCUAACUGCCCGUCCUAUCCCUGGAAACAUGUCGGAAAAAAAUAACUUUAUGGUUAAGAAGAUGGUUGUUAAGAUUUAAAGAGGCCUUGUCAUACUUCAAUUCUGUUUUUUUAGAUAUUUGUGGCACAUAUAUGAUGUCUUGUGAACAAGCCACAGAAAUCUAAACAUCAGAUUUAAAAAGAUUUC